CGCCCGCCGGCUGCGCGCUAGGGCCGGGCCGGGGGCUCCAGCGGCUGCGGGCGGCACCAGCUGGACUGGGGGGGGGGGAGAUUCACGCUGUCCGGUAUCUUCCCCCUCCUUAGCCCCAGGGCCAGGGCUGCCUCGAGCCGGCUUCUGGCCUCGGUGCCUGAAUUGCCCGGAGUCUGGCUGCAGCCUCGGGGCUUUUCGCCAAUGCAAAAUACCGCAACAUCAAACCAAAGAAAUCCCGCCCCCCGCAGCAGCGCGGACUGGCCCCCAGGGCUGGGUUUUGCUCCCGGCGUCGCCACCUGGUGCCUGCAAGUGUCCAGUUGCCUUACGACUCCAGCUGAAAUCAGUGUGAUCUGCAAAACUAAGUCAUCAGUGUCAUUUGCAUUAGGGUCUCUAAUUAUGUAUAUUUAUGCUAGUACUCAGAGAUCUUAGCAAGACUGGCUCUGUUAUGCUAGGCACUGAACAAAUGCAUAGAAAGGUACAGUCCUAUCUGAGGAGCCUAUGAUCUACUGUCAGCAUGCGUGUUCCUGCUAGCGAUGAGAAGUCUCUGGCUGGCAAAGCAAUUACUUUCUCAUCCAAGUUUUUUCAUUCGCUAUGAAUUAAAUUUUCUUCUGUGCUUUUAAAGGUAAUGUGCAGAAUACAGCAGCUUGAAGUAACAAUGAUACACUAUAUCACAGUGCUGUGCUCUUCAACAGAAACCUCAUUCUUGCCUUGAGCAUUCAGAAGGCAUAUUUCACCUUGAUUCUGUUCCUGCUAAGGAAAUAAUUUGAAGUAAUGUCUGCCAGAGUAAUUGGGGUAGGGUUUUCUGAAGGUUGCUAUGCAGGAUCUUCUAAAAUCACAGCAGGGCUAAAAGGCUACUCUUGUCUCUCUGGGCUUGGCUACACUUGUCUCUCUGGGCUUAAGGGGCUUAAGGGGCUACACUUGAGAGUUGCAGCGCUGGUGAUGGGGUUACAGCGCUGCAACUUACUCUGUGGUCACGCUUGCAAGGCACAACCAGCGCUGCAACUCGCUGGCUGUACACCUGGUCUGCUUGGGGUGUAACGAUUCCAGCGCUGGUGAUGCAGCGCUGCUCAUCAAGUGUGGCCACCAAAAGCGCUGUUAUUGGCCUCCAGGGUAUUAGGAGGUAUCCCAGCAUACCUUUUCCGCCACUCUGCUCAUCAUUUCGCACUCCACUGCCCUGGGCUCAGGUGACCUGCCCUUUAAAUGCCCCGGGAAUUUUAAAUAUCCCCUUCCUGUUUGCUCAGCCAGGUGUGGAGUGCAAUCAAUCAAUCAAUCAAUCAGCGACCAUGCCUCCACGCCCCAGACGAGCCCCAGCAUGGAACAGUUCCGAGCUGCAGGACCUCAUCAGUGUUUGGGGUGAGGAAGCUGUGCAAGCACAGCUGCGCUCCAGCCGUAGAAAUUAUGAUACCUAUGGGCAGAUAUCAAAGUCCAUGGUGGAAAGGGGCCAUGAGCGGGAUGCGAUGCAGUGCAGGGUUAAAGUAAAGGAGCUGCGGAGUGCCUAUUGCAAAGCCCGUGAGGGAAACCGCCGCUCAGGUGCUGCCCCCACGACCUGCCGUUUUUACAAGGAACUGGAUGCCAUACUUGAGUGUGACCCCACUGCCAAUCUGAGGACCACGAUGGACAGUUCAGAGCAGGGAGAAGAGAGGGAGGUGGAGGAGAGGGAGGAAACUGAGAGUGAGGGUACUGGGGUGGGGGGAGACACCCCAGAGUCCCAGGAGGCAUGCAGCCAGGAGCUCUUCUCAAGCCAGGAGGAAGCUAGCCAGUCACAGCAGCUGGAACUUGUUGGUGAAGAAGCAGCAGAGGAGCGGGUUCCCGUGUCCUUGAAUCCUCCGGCCCUAUCACAGCCUGCUGAAAGACUACAGAACUUGAGGAGGAAACCAAGAAAAAGCAAAGAAGAUUUGGUGAAAGCAGUUGUGAAUCAGUAUGCCAGAGAGAAUAAGAGGCUGCAGGAUUGGAGAGAGAAAAUGCAUCAGUGGAGGGAAACACAAAGCAGGAGAAAGGAAUUGGCUACCAAGAAAAGCACAAAGCAGCUGAUAAGCCUCCUGGCGUGCCAAAUGGACUGUAUGCAGUCACUGGUAGCCAUACAGGCAGAUAACUACUGUGCUAGCCCCCCCGCCCCCAUCCCAAAGCACUCUCCCUUGUGCCCCACUGUUAUGCUCAAAAACCCCUUCUCCAGCAUCCUAGUUUUUACCACCACAAGCUGCCCCCAGCACCUGUACGUUCACCUACCAGCCCUGAGAACUAAGACCCUUACCCUAUGCACUCAGCCCCCAUCACCAUGCAGCAUAUUAAUCCUGAAGUGCAGCAGGCAUUGCACAGCACUCCAGGCAGGACAUAUUCAAACCUCUGACUGUACAGUUCAGCACCCUACCCCCCUGCCCUUUUAUGUACUGUAUUUUGAAUAAAUGAUUUCUUGGCUUUUUAAAA